CUUGCCAAGUUUAAAGGCCUGUUCCGCUUGCCUCCGCCUGCCGUGCAACUCCUCUCCAGCAACGCAUGUGAGUGGUACAAGAGUGUCUCUUCAAAGUGACUGUUUUUCUCCAUCCUGUCGGAGGAAAGGACGCGCUCUGUCUCCUCUCUAUCUCUCUCUUUCUCUCUCUCAACCCGGGAAAAUGAUGAGAAUUUUCAGUGAAAAGAUGAAAGUGAUUCACUGCUUAGUGAUAGUAGCAAUUAUUUCAAUUAAGUGCAAAAUCUCUGUGGCAUCUCAUCAAAAUGAGCACUUUUUCGAAAAUUCCCCUCUGAGAAGUGAGGACUACAGAAAUCCCGCGAUUCACAGCUCAUACGAUAGGAGCUUUGAGCCCAUCAUCAUCUCCAAUGAGAGACUUUCGGAUGCACAGCAUCAAGCAUGGAGACUGGUGACCACCACGCAGAGUCCUGAUGAGGAAUACCUCACCACGAGUCCGGGAGAAAUCGAUGAAUCCAAGAAGCGCCGAAGACGCCCCGGAAGGAGGAGAAAAAAGCGACCAAACAACUUCCUGUACACUACAACGUCAACAGAGAUUCCCGAGACAUUCGAUGAGCCAGAUCCCAGUGAAGAGACCUUUCAGUACGCCCACGGAAGUGCUCCUCCAGAAUUUGACAGUGUUCGCGACAAAUCCUACCGCAAGCCAUACUCAGUUGCGAAGAAGGAGGAGCAAAACAACGAUAAAGCGGCAGAUUUAAAGCACAUCUUGAAGCAGGCUGGAGAAAGUUUGAGCCUCAGUGAAAUUCUUCAACAGAAAAAUCUAUCUCUCUCGGACUUUCUUAACAGGAAACCCACAGCAUUAGCAAUUCUUGCUCAACCAACAUUGCCAGUGCAGCCGCAACAAUUUUCACGGAGGCUUCCUCACGCCGACUUGAAGAGUCGACGCGUUGCCUCAUCACCAUCACCAUCUACAUCAGCCGACAAUCCAACAGACACCUCAAUGGAAACCAUGAUCACGGGUGAUGAUGAUGAGAAGGCAAACAAGAGGUAUCCAAUGUAUAUGCUGGCCAUGCCAAAGCACGAUGGGGGAUUCAAUUUGACACGUGAAACGGCAAAGCCGCAAAUACCAACCAUUUCGACACUUCCCGAAGGACUCAAGCAUAACCGGCUGCCCACGCGUGAGGAGAGAAUCAAACCCAUCAAAGAGGUGGUUUCUGGCAUUCGACCCGAUUUCGCCAAUUCCAACAUCAGACCACUCAACAGCAAGCAUCACGCGAAAACCACGCAAAGCCCUCCGGAAGUGCCCAGCAGCACAACACCCAGGCCUCAACGAUGGAAACCACCGUCGUAUGAUGGGAAAGUAAUCUCGAAAUUCAAUGAGCGCAGAACAUCGACGGCACAGCCGGAAGUUGCCACUGAAGAAGCUUCCAUUGAGCACGUGAAUCUCACAGAAGUUCUCUCAACGGCUUCCACAACGACAACAACCUCGAAUUACAUCACACCGGGAAGGAAGCAAAUAGCCAUGCGGGACUAUCGCAAUCGCAUGAAUCUUAGGCCGAAACUUCGCAUCUCCGUGAAAACCACCCCCAAAGUGCUGACGGAAGAGUCGCCGAAGGAAAUCCUCGAGGAGGAAGUGCACACGACAGAAAUGUUCAGUGACAUCGUGACCACUUCCGCACCAGAGGUUGAAAUCAGUGGAAAAUUGCUAGCAGUGAAUCACACAGAACCAGAAACACUGAAUAUUAUUGAAGAGAGUGUCCAGGAUGAGAAAAAGCCCAAAGAGGAUGAUGAGAGAAUAGCAGUGCCUCCUGAGGACUUUAUCCAAUCGAACACAGCCCGAUCUGACAGCAUCUUCGAAGCUGACAUCAUCGAGAGGGUGAUCCAGAACACCCAAAGAGCCCUCGUAGGAUCCGCCCAGACGCGAGACUCCAUUAAAAUGGACGUGACCGAGAGUAAUCCUUCACUGUUUGCCGAUCUCUCAUCCGAAACGGCAGUGGAUGAGAAAACAGAAUUGAUGGAGUUACUCGGUGAUCGCAGAAAUGGAGCCCGUCUGGCCAAGAUCCUCGCCCAGCGCAAUAUGACUCUCAACGAAUUGAUUGACCACAGAGAGCGUGGCUCGAGUCAAGUUCAUCUCGCUGAAAUAUUCCACAAUCGCACUCUGGCACGCAAUCUGCACCAUCCUCGCCUGCGCACAGAGAAAAUGGAGAUCGUGACGGCUUUCGAGAACUUUCCUCACUUCAGUUUUGCCAAUUUACGCAGUGUUAAGCCAGAUGAUAUCAAGACAGACUCACAGGGCUCCAGUUAUUUCGCCUCCAUUAUCAAUGUGAAGCCCACAGAUGACACACGGACAGUCAAGGCAAGCCCUCGAGGCAGUGGAUACCCAACAAACUUCAAUCCCUACGACACAAACGUCACCCCGGAAGAGAAAUUUGUGGCUCCAUCAUCCAGAGUGUCGCCAGCAAAUGAGAACUUUGCCGACGAUGGGGAUAUUAUUGAGAAGGAGAUCGCCAGGAUAAACAAUCAGCUAGAUAUGGAGCUUGAGCAGCAGCAAUCGGUGAACAGGAAGGCCGCCAUCAAUGCCUACCUCACGUCCGGCGUGCGAUCAGCCAUUGUGGCAAGCUCGUGCAUUGUUGCGGGAUCCGUGAUGAUCUUCAUCAUCAUCUUCGCGACCUGCCGUUGGCGACAGAGGCGCAACAGGAAGCUCCACUACUCCGACAGUUUCAGCGGCACCCGAGGACGCUUGCCCAUUCUGAAGAGGCAGACAUCCAGGCGCAUCUCCAACCCCCCAGAUUACCUGCACACAGAGGCCAGGCUCAGCAAACUCAACACCAUGGAUUCCACACAUGGAGAUCCACAUGAUUAUCUCUAUGAUGCUAUGAGGAAGGGGUAUCCUUAAGUAAGACUUUUGGGUGUGAGAUUUGGAAUUAGUGAAAUCAAUGAUGAGCAAAUUACGUUUCAUGUUAUCGAGGACAGUUUAUCAAAGUUCCUAAAACACCCUCUUCAGGCAUAUCUAAUUGAUUUUCAAGAAAUUAUCCAAAGACUUGCAAUCUUUGCACAUAACAUGUCCACUAUGAUUUAUCCUCAUUUUCUGUCCAGACGAAAAUGUAAAUGCUCAUCAUUGGGGUCAAUCGCGCGAGAUGAAUGCUAAUAUAGAAAUCCAGUGCAAUAUCUUAACAAAGAGUCGAGAUAAGCCGGAGAGUGGGAGGGAGAGAAGUCAUGGAGAGACUGCAACAACAUGAGUAUUUGUGGAAUCUUUGUCCCUUGCCUUUUUGCUAAUAAAUUAUUAUCUUUUUGUACAAAAUCCUCUGCAUUUC